CCACUCUGCCGCAGAUGAUGGUCACUCCUGCCGUCUCCACAGCUCAUCUAUCGGAGACUCUGGAAUGUAUGUGUGCUCUGCGAAUAUGAUCGCGCGAUGGAAAUCUGCCAAUGGACGGAGCCUGUGCGUCUCCUGCAUUGCAGGCUCACCCGGCUUACCCAGACUUUCCUGCAUCAACAUAAGAUUGACCUUGUGUUCCAAUGCACGUCCGCGGUGCUAGCGUGUCAUCGCUUAUGGAGCCAAUCCGAGCUCGACAUCUAUAUGGCUAGAAGCUACAACGCAGGUAUACUCGAGAUCGCCUCGGUCUGCCUUUUGCGGGUCCGGACAUCGGUCCAGAAGCAGUUGACGAGCGAUCAACAUAUAUUUGAACUUAUCAGCUCUCCCGUAUGAAUGGCUGGAGCAACAUGGCCGUCUUCUGCCAACCAGACGGGAUGGUCUCCGUCCCCGGUACGAUGUGCGAACAGGGGCAUUGCCAUUUGUGGAGAAUGCCUGUAUCUUCGCCAACGGCGCCCAUGUUGCAGACCCGAAUGCUGCAUGACUGCUGCCGAAGGUCUGCCGCCCACUUCCGACUUCGUCGUUUGAUUCGAUCUUACUGAAGUGUAAGCGCGCCGGGGAACAGCAACAGCUUCAGGAGAGUCCAGUCUUGUUUCUGCUGCGGGAAGACGCCACCCGACCUGCUAGUCUGUCUCGGCAAGUGAUCUCUCAAGCCUAGCACGUGGAAUCCUGGCAGGCCACUUCGCUAUCGAAAUCCAUCCCGCAGAUUCCCGCCUCUUUCUGAUUCGCAUCUGUCAGCAACCUAGCGACGGUGUGUAUCCGUCAUUAAUCGUAGGCGGAGUGCAAGGUGUAUUGUCCCCUAGUAUAAGUGCAAUCUGAUGAC